GAUUUGCUGACCCUCCAUCUGCUGUCAAGAGAGCAUCACAACUUCCCUGUCUCUCAGUAUCUUAGCAGGAGCUCUCAUUCCAGUUUGGGACAAGCUUGUGGAUUGUAAUCUUCAGAACAUAAGAGUUUCUUUAAGCUCUACCAAAAGAUCCAUGUGGGUGGUGGAGAAGAUUCGGUUGUCAGUCGAGAGAUCCAACCUGCCGAUCCCUACAGCAGAGCUCAGCUUGAAAACGGUCGACAUCAUGUUGGGAGAAAAACCCGACAGACCCAAAAGGAUUUCUCUCUGUCCUAAUAUCAUUACCCCUGACAACAUCCCAGAGUUCUGCAUCCCACCGACAAUUCUGUCCCUGCAGGAGAUGAAGAAUACAGAUCAAAGGGGCACGGCUCGCGCUAACAAGGUGUCCCUCUGUGGGAGGGAAAGCCCUGACACACAGGUGACAUUUCACGAGCCACUCAAUCCACACAUUAUACAAGUUGAAAGUGUGGAUGAGAGUCCUUACGACGGCUUCAGCGAUGAGGAAACCACCAACGCGGAUCCUCUGAGCCAGGCUGCCUUAUCCCUUCCUCACCUGGCCAAAGCCCAGACCAGCUAUGGCUUCUGCACCUUGCUGGAGAGCCCUCACACCAGGAGAAAGGAAUCCAUUUUCCAUUCUGAUUCGUCGUCAUCCCCCCUGCUGUUGCCCAGGAGUCGAUCAAGUAUGUGCUCCAAACUGCCCCCCUCCACCUCGCCUUCCUCCUCUCCUUCUUCCUUCAGUCUUAAUGGCCUGACCUCGAGGCUUUCCCCGAGGGGCUACACCCUGAAAUGGCAGGCUGCUCUGGACAGCGACACAACGUCCUCCACUGAGUCCUCACCUUUCAGCUCACCGCUGCUGACCAGGUCCCCGGCCAAGUCUUGCCUUUUCAAAGCACUGAGUCAUGAACUGUUGUUGUCAAGAAACAUGAGGAAAGCAAUGGUGUCCAGAAACAAUUCCCUAUCCACUGAUGAGGGCAGCUCCACAGACAACAGCCCAAAUAUCAUGAGGAGGGCGUCCGAGGGGUUAGCUGAAGGCCUGCCAAGCAGCUACAGCCUGGCACCACCCAACAUCCUCCCCUCGGACUUGACACUGCACAGAGAGAGGGUAAUGAACGAAAGCAUGGUGCCCAUAGGAAAAGAUGGCAGUCUGAGACUCUCAGCAGAGUACUGCCCAGAUAACCAAAGACUGCGGGUUCGACUGAUCAGCGCCGAGGGCCUCUAUCCUCUUUCUAUAGACCCCAAGAUUAUCAACUGCAGCGUCAGCCUCUCACUUGUUCCUGGAAAAGUCCAAAAGCAACGCAGCACAGUCAUCAGAAAGAGCCGUAAUCCCAUCUUCAAUGAGGAUUUCUUCUUUGAUGGUAUCUCCGAGGAAGACCUUGGCCAGCGAUCCCUCCGCUUUAAAGUGGUGAACAAGAUGUCCACGCUGAAAAGAGACUAUCUCCUUGGUGACUGCGAUUUGCCUCUUUCAAGCAUUGUAACGCCAUAAAUCUCUGUGCUUCGAUAGCAGUCUGUGGUGUAUUGAAAUAUUUAUCUUUAUUCAAUUUUUUACAGGAAAGCUGGAUUUUCUAUGAAUUAAAUUAUGAGAUUUGUUGAGGAUGUUUGUUUGGAAUACAUUUAGAGAAAAGUACUGUGGCUGUUCUUUAGCAUUUGAUUCUCAGGUACAGUUUCUUCCUUUUAAAGCACCAAAUUAUGAGGAAAACGUCGGAACGUAGUGUAUAAUAGCAAACAAAUAAUCAGCAAAUGUUAGAAAUAAUCAUUCAGGUGCACCAUCACCUGGUGGCUGAAAGCAACCACCGUAUAUUUCCUGAGCCUGUUGUUUUCUCUUCCUGACCUUUCCAAUGAUUAAAAAUAUCACCAGAA